AUGGAUCCAUUCUUGUCUGCUUCAAAUGUUGAGGUUAGCAACCAUAUACCCGAUGAUAUUGUCUUCUCUAUUCUCUCUAAACUGUCUCUCAAAUCUUUGAAGCGAUUUGAAUCUGUAUGCAAACCAUGGUCUCUCUUGUUUGAUAACCCUAAUUUCAUGACUAUGUAUCGCAACUAUUUCAUAUCCACGGAUCAUUCUUUUUAUGAUGAUAUAUCUUUUCUCCUGCAUCUGAAAGAAGAUGAUACGGUGUACUCUCUUUCCGAGGAGAGAUACGAGAAUAUAACCAAAUUAGAUUUGCAAAAGCUUUCUCUGAGAUACAGGAGAAGAGACAACUAUUCUUUUGACAUUUUCUCUCCCAUUAGUUUUAAUGGCACUCUUUAUCUCCAAUAUUAUAAUAAGGGUGGCAAUCCAAAAUUUACGUUGUGGAAACCGACUACCGCGGAAUUCAGGAUCAUUUCCGCUGAAUAUAAUCAUUUUUCACAGUUUUGGUCUGAUCAUUAUCAAGUUGGUUAUGAUCAUGUUAAAGAUGAGUAUAAGAUGAUCCGGUGCACUCAUGGUCCUCCUGGAAGUAUGCCAGAGAUUUCCUACUUCUGGGAGAUAUAUAGCCUAAACAAUAACUCUUGGAGGAAAAUCGAUGAUUUUCCUCACUCUUCUAUAUGCGGUGAUGAAGUGUACCUGGAUGGAGUGUCUCAUUGGUGGGGAAAAACGAAAACACAUAUAAAUUUGGAGUCAUUCGACUUCAGCAAAGAAUCUUUCAUCACAACACCCAUGCCCUCUUACGCAGAUGAUGCUUUUGAUUUUAGUUCGACUAGAACGAGAAUACUGACAAUAUUGAAUGGAUCUAUUGCUUUUAUAGUAAAUUAUGAAGAGGCAAAAAUAUUUCAUAUUUCAAUUUUGGGUGAACUCGGUGUAAGAGAAUCAUGGACGGAACUCUUUAUUGUUGGGCCUUUACCUUGCCUUCAGAUGCCAAUUGGAAUUGGGAAGAAAGGAAAUGUAUUGAUCAGAAAGGAAGACAACAAACUAGCUUGGUUUGAUAUAAGUUCUGGGACUAUGGAUGAGAUUGCUGUUACAGCAAAAUCUCAUGGCCAGAUAUUAUUCUACAAAGAAAACUUUGUUCCAGAUGGUGGAAUAUAUAGUAAAUUUCCUCUUCAGAUUUAA